AUGGCUUGUGUUGCUCGGUCAUUGUCGCGCUCUGCCCGAGCCCUGGCUCAAAGGGGCCCGGGAUUUCUUCCUGCCCGGUCAUUUUCCGUGUCGCCCUUCCGGUUCGUGACCGAGGACCCGGUCAUUCCUCCUCCCCCGAAGGACCUCAAAGCGGAGGAUUACCCACCUGCUCCCGAAUAUUCGCCGGAUCUCCUCACCAAGGAGGAGAGGUCCAUGUACGAUAUGCUGUCUCCCGAAGAGCGGGCAGCCUUUGAUGCCGAGAACCGCCGUAUUGUUGCCGAUUUCAAUGAUGUCGAGAAGCGCGCCGCGGCUUUUGCGGAGCUCGAGAAGAGCGUCGAUCAGAUUGACAAACAGGAAGAUAUCCGUUUUGAAGAUGUUCGGUCUAAGGUCCGCGGAUUCUGGGCCGAGGACGAUGGCGACGAGAUGGCCCAGGUGGAGGACGGAGACGAAGAGAUUCAAGAUGACGAAAUCACCUCAAUGGCCUAUGCUGAGAUGGAACUGCAUCGGGAGAUGAGAGAAUAUGCCCGCAUUGCGGCAUGGGAUAUGCCAAUGCUGAGCAGUAAGAUCUUAACCCUGCGUUGUGAUUACUCUGGAGGUGCUAACCGCGGCUCCGGCCUCUUUCUAGAGCUUGCCAAACCUUUCACACUGCCCGCCGAAACCCACAUUCUCCGCUUCCGCUACACUACAUACAUGGGCGAGCAACAUCCAGCUGAACCUAAGGUGGUCGUGGAGCUUGCAUCCCAAGACCUGACCCCCAAGUACCUCACCGAGGCUCAGCGCCAGACCUUCCUGAAGCUGGUUGGCCCGCGCUACAACCCCCAGACCGACAUUGUCAAGAUGUCCACCGAACAAUUCGGAUCUCGCGCACAGAACAAGCGGUAUCUUGCCGAUGUCGUCAACUCGCUGAUCCAAGAGGCCAAGAAGGGCGAUUCGUUCGCGGAUGUCCCGCUCGAUUUGCGCCACCACAAGCCCAAGUUCCGCGCUCAUUUCCCUGAGUCGUGGAACAUGACCGAAGAGCGCCGGAAACAAUUGGCGGCGCGUCGCAAGGAGCGACUGGAUGCCGAGUCGAUACGGGAAGCUGUCAUUGAUGGCAACCAGAUUGUCUCUGAGGCCGUCUCGGUCCUUCCAGAGCUUAACCCGGCGCUGAAAGCCCGCGCCGCCGAGGAGCGGGAGAAGGUUGCGGUUAAGGUUGGAGCGCGGCCAUCGAAGAGGCCGAUGCGCCGGUGA